AUGCCAGGAACCUGCAAAGAGAGCAUUGCAGAGGCCAUGAGCCAAUCAGCCGUCACCAGAUCCCCACCCCGCUCUCAUGCAAUGCUUCACCAGCCUUGUUUCUGGUUGAGCAAUCUCGUCGACAAGGGAGCAGUGGUCCCACCCAUGGCCGAGCAGCAACGAUGGUACGAGGACGGUUUAUGGAGAUGGGUUGGAGGAGGCGUCCAAUCGAACGGCCGUCGAUGCCCGCCGCUGCCAUGCCGCAGCGUCAACCUGAUGCACUUGGCAGCCGCCGUUGGUGCUGGCCUGCAGAGAUGCGACGACGCCUUGGACGCUCUAGACGCUCCCGGAGCAGGAUUAUACGGCGCCGCACCAAUUAGCGGUCUGCCAGGCCUGGGUCUCCUAUUCUUUGUCGUCGCCCCUGCGCCUCAGCGAAGUUUUGCUCUCCUCCCUGUCAUGGCGGGCGGCCCGCAUCUAGCCGGCCCUGGUAUAGCCUCACGCUGGACGCUGUGCCAAGCGAGACCUGGGAUCUGGCCUUCUGGAGCUUUUGGGCACCCAAGCAAGGGCGGUCCUUGCCCGGUGGCCUGUGCGCCUUUGACUCGGCGUGAAUCCUUUGCUGGGCUUUGGCUGGGAAUCCGGCGAUCGCUCUUUGACGGCGGUGCUUGUCCGGCCCCUGUGUCUACUUGCAUGGACGAGCGAGCACGGGCUCUCGGCUUUGCUGCUUGCAUUGCGAUCCGCGCGGCGAUCAGUCGAGUUUGA